GGCGGCUUCCCCCGCGGCGGGGGAAGGCGGCGCGGCGCGGGGCGGGCGGCGGUUUAACGGCCGCGGCGGGCUAACGGUGGCGGCGGAGCCGGUGCGUGCCCUGCCGCCGCCUGCUCGGCUCCCCGCCCCGCUGAGGACGUGGCCGCGGGGUCACCUGCGCCGGCAGCCGGGCGGGGGUUCGCUGAGGGGAAAGAGCCGCGUCCUCAUCGCCUGCCUCGGCGCUGCAGCGGGGGAGCCGGCCCGGCUCGGCCCAGCCGAGCCCCGGAGCGGAGCGGGGCUGCGUGCGGAACCGGCGCCUCAGCCCGCCUCAGUGAGAAGAAAAAUGACCUAAGCACUGUCCAGCCUUUGUGGCUAAGGGCAGGAGCAGGGGUAGGGCUGCCAGGAGGAUGGCUUUGCCUGGAAGCUUACGGAGGCAGCCUGCAAGCAGAGGCCUUGUGUCCCAUUGCACCCACCAUCAUAUUGUUGUGUUCCUGCUGACCUUCUUCAGUUACUCCCUGCUCCAUGCUUCCAGAAAAACGUUCAGUAAUGUCAAAGUCAGCAUUUCCAGCCAAUGGACUCCCUCCUGCCUAAACAGCACGGCCCCUGAGCUCCGGCCAUAUGAGCUCUGGAACAGCAGCCGUUUAUUUCCAAAUGCAGAAGAAGCAACUCUCUUCUUGGGGACAUUGGACACUAUCUUUUUGUUUUCCUAUGCUAUGGGUCUCUUUGUCAGUGGCAUAGUUGGCGAUCGCCUGAAUUUACGCUGGGUUUUGUCUUUUGGCAUGUGUUCCUCUGCUCUGGUGGUAUUCUUCUUUGGCACACUCACAGAAUGGUUGCAUUUCUACAACAAGUGGUUCUACUGCUGUCUCUGGGUUGUGAAUGGCUUGCUGCAGUCCACUGGUUGGCCCUGCGUGGUUGCUGUCAUGGGCAAUUGGUUUGGAAAAGCUGGGAGAGGUUUUGUGUUUGGACUCUGGAGUGCCUGUGCAUCUGUGGGAAAUAUCCUCGGGGCGUUCCUUGCCUCCUGUGUUCUCAAGUAUGGCUAUGAGUAUGCUUUCUUGGUGACUGCAUCAGUACAGUUUGCUGGAGGAGUCAUUGUCUUCUUUGGGCUCCUGACAUCACCAAAGGAAGUGGGCCUCCCUGAGCUUGGAGCAGAUGAAGACGACAGUGUGGAGGAAGAUGCCAACAGACCUUUAAUGGGCAAUGAUGAUGCAGAUGAUGAUGACCGGAAUUACUCUAUUCAAGCAACUGACACUGACAACCAGCCAAAGGCCAUUGGCUUUUUCCAGGCUUGUUGCCUUCCAGGUGUAGUACUGUACUCUUUGGCCUAUGCCUGCUUGAAACUGGUGAAUUACUCAUUCUUCUUCUGGCUGCCCUUCUACCUCAGCAACAACUUUGGAUGGAAAGAAGCAGAAGCUGACCAGCUCUCGAUCUGGUACGAUGUGGGAGGAAUAAUAGGUGGGACUAUCCAGGGCUUGAUUUCUGAUGUGCUGCAGAAGAGAGCCCCAGUGCUAGCAACUAGCCUGCUCUUUGCUGUAGGCUCUCUUUUUGGAUACAGCCGUUCUCCAAACAGUAAACCUAUCAAUGCUGUGAUCAUGGCAUUUACAGGAUUUUUCAUUGGAGGCCCUUCUAACAUGAUCAGUUCUGCAAUUUCUGCUGAUCUGGGGCGCCAGGAUCUGGUGAAAGGCAGCAGCGAGGCUCUGGCAACAGUCACGGGAAUUGUGGAUGGAACUGGCAGUGUUGGUGCAGCAGUGGGACAGUAUCUAGUGUCUUUGAUCCAGGAGAAUCUGGGAUGGAUGUGGGUUUUCUAUUUCUUUAUUCUAAUGACGAGUUCAACAAUCCUGUUCAUUUCACCAUUAAUAGUGAGGGAGAUCAAAUUGCUUCUGCAUGAGCGGCGCCUGCGAAUGCUGGCUGAGUGACUUCUGCUUGCCUCUGGAGGGACUGUUGUAUGGACCUGACAGCUGGGACACCAAUCAAAACUCUGGGAGAAUUGUUUCUUACGUCCUUCAGGUUUGGACUAAUUCAAAAUAGCUUGGUUGAUCUGCCUUUGGCAAACUCAAUAGUGAAGUACCAAAUACCCGUCCUGAGACCACCCGCAUCACGGAGCUGCUGACCUAAGCUAGACAAUCCACAGGACUGGUGGAUUGUCCCAGCCUACCAGACUCUUCCAUGUCAGCAGUCACACUAGGGUCUUCUGUUGGGUGGUCUCACUGCUAUACCUGUUCUUAUUUAUUUCUGGAUGUCCUGACCAAAGGUCAACUGUUUAAAACUGACAGUGGAGAGGCUGUCUUGCAAUGAAUUUUGAUGCUCCGUUGUGCCGGUGAAAUCAUACAGUGCAUUUCGUGGGUAGUCUAAAUUUACGAUCACUUUAGCUUUUAGAAAGGGCAAAAAUAAUUAUUUGGAAUUUGCGCUGUCCAAUUGUUUAAAAAAUGCUGUUGCUAAAUCUCUGCACAGACAGACCUCUGCUAUCUCUAGCUAUUAACUGUCACAUAUUCCAGUAGAUUCACAUGGAGAAGUUACCUCCAUAUUUGUUUUUAGCAUUUUUUAGUAAUAAUAUUACUAAUCUCUGGGAAAUGAGAUUUCAGUUUUUAACUGUUUAAGCAGACAAAUAGUGUGCAAUACUUUACUGUGAUCUCUGAGAAUAAGCCUUAAUAGAUCCUUUCUGUCUAAAGGAUCCUUGAAUGGCUUUGGGGAUCAGUAAUGGGACACAAAUACUUUCACUACUGCUUUGUUAUUUGAACUCUGAUUAAUACUGACCAAAAUGGGACUGUCAGGUGACCCUCUGAAGGAAGCUGGUGUCACUGAUUUCAUACUCAUUGGGCAAUUGCUUGUCUCCAGCAAAGGAGAACCAGAAUGGAAUUAAAGGCUUUUAAGGGACCUGGCUGCUCUCGGACAUGGGCUGCCAGACAGGGACUGAAGUGUACUUGUGAAAUCACGUCAAUAAGCAAGUGCUGCUGUGUCUUCCCCUGUGCUCCUCUGCCUAUGGCUGCGUAGGGAACCUCAAGCUCCAGGGUUUUAAAACUUGAGUUGUAUCUUGAAGAGAAAGGUAGAUGCAAGUCAGCACUAAAAACAUGUGACUGCACUUAGUAUGGUGGUAUUUGAAUGUUUUGCAGUACUGCGGUAAGCAGGGUGACCGACUGACACCGCUAACAUUUGUUGGUGAUGUUAAUGGAUCAUUGAGUAACUUCUCAACAAAUUGUUUUCUGCUUAUGCCUUGGGAUGUUUCAUUGUAAUAGGUAUGUGUUAACCAGCAGAACUUCUGAUUGAACACUCAAUCUAACUAAGCAGUGAUGCCUGGAUGGGGGUGGGGGGCAGCAAAAUUCUUGGAGCUGAAAGUUUGAAACUUUUUAAAUGGGAAAAGUUGCCUUUUUAAAAUGUACAGUGAUUUUAUUUUUUUUUUAAAUUUAUGAAUGUCAAUUUUUAGUUAUGUGUUGAUUGUAAUGAGUGGAACAUUAUUAGUGCCUUACGGUUUUACUGUAUUGAACGGUUGCUUGGUGAUUGCUGCUUCUGCAGUGACGGCUCUGUGCACAGCUUUGCUUACUGUGAAACUCAGUUGCUCCAUUUUAUACUUUGAGUCUCUCUCUUUCUUGGUGGAAGUGAUUCUUGCAUUUUUUGCUAACCCUUGAAAAAUUUCAGUGCUUGGGAAAACGAUGCCAUUAAGCUGAUGAGGGACCUGAAUCCUGUUCUUGUCUCUUCUCAUUCCCAUUCCAAUUUUUGCCUGUAUAAUUAGAGCAGGAGACUGAGAAUCUAUCAUCCUGUUCUCAGAAUUAUGCCCUGGGGUUAGUGUUCACAUCCCAAGCUACUCAUUAGCCCCUGUACAAAUAGAAUCAAAACUCCCUGAAAUUUAGUUCUAAAAUUGAUGGCGGCACGGUUUGCCCCAGCCACGGUGUCUGAGAAUCUGUGGUUUCAAAUUCCAACCUGGAUGAGCUUUUUGGCCGGCCGUCUGGGCACUAGAUAAGCUUCUGAUGAAAGGUAGGGUGGGAGAGGGAUGCUGCCGGGGUCGGGGGGAGGAGAGGCAGGCCCCUGUAACAAAUGGUUUCCUGUGAACAGUUCUGUCCCCUCUCGAGAAGUGUCAGAUGUGUUGUGAGCACUGCAAGCGCAAGCUGCCCAGCAGCUCGCAUGUAAGUGUGUGGCAGUGCUUUGAGGCCACCCUCAAUUAGCUAGGCAUGCCUGUGACUUCAGGAUUGUUUUGUUGUUGUUGUCCUGGGUUUUUGGUUCUGUGUAUUUCCUCAGGGUGCUCAGAUGCAGAAAGGUUUUCAAUCUGAUCAUGUCCAAACUGAUCUCACAUGAAUAAACUUACUUUGACUUGA